CUGAUCCCCAUGACCGUUGCCCAUCAGGAAGGCGCUUGAGAAAUCAGCCACGUGAGUCGCGCGAGCUGAUUCGCUUUCGCCCGACCAUGCGGGGCAUUUGGGCUCAAAGCUUUGUAGUCUAAGUAAUUUUGAUUCACCAUCGUGAUAGCUUCGUAUAGCUGCCGAUACCGAAUAGCUCCACAUAGCUUAGUUGCGAUCGCACCCGAUCCAAACUAUGCUUGGAAUAAUGGCACCGCUGUGCGCAGUCGGGCUUGUGGCUACUGGCGCUGAGCACGUGGAUCUGCAGCUCGUGCAGACGCGCACGGCAAGUUUCUUGCGUGGCAGUAGGAUCUGGCAGGGAUGCCAUACCUCUACCCAGGGAGACGAGUGCUACGAGAAAGUGUUGUGGGCGAUGCGGACGGGCACCAAACAACACCCAGCGUGGUAUCUCCCUCUGACGAGUCAUUCCAGCUUCGAGGACUUCCAGCAGCACCUGCACGCCGUGGACAGGCUCUCUGACGUGUGUCCCAGGCCAUGUGCAGCGGCGCAGUCGGAGGAGCGACCGACGGAGCAGUUGCCCGCGCCGAUCCCUACAGCACAGCAUGCUGGAACUCCAAUGCCAACAGAAUUCCAAUUGCAACUCGUAUGGGACUAGUAGCACGCACGUAAGUAUGGCGUCUGAGCCGUCGAGGCCUACCCUCCUGUUUUUCCGCCAUGAAGAGUCAUCUCCGCCAGGCGUGUUCAAUAACGCGACCUGAUGCUUUUGCUACAUGCGCGCACGCGCGCAGCGGGAGCAGCACGUCGAUUGGACGUACCUGUUUCCGCCGUGGGCCAGCUCCACUAGCAAAAAAACACUGGGAGAACUCCGCGUAGCGCGUCACUCCGGUUUACCUCGCACGUGCGCGCGGCAAAUCAGUUUUUUUGUUGAAGACACAAAUGAAAACGCAACCUCAGCGGCCGGCCGCUUUGCUAACGCUCCAAUUGCAGGGGCUUAGAUUCUGUGCUUUCGAUGGCGCGCCGCCGUUUGUUGAUGUCACCAACAACUGCAUCAAAAUGAGGUGGGCUUGUGCUGCUUCGCUGUGAAGCAUGCUGAAGCCUGCCUGGCGUGCUCUGGAAAACCACGUGACUGUAUUGCGCGUGCAGGCAUUGUGUUGCAGUGGGCGCGCGGUGAGUGUCGCAACGACGCUUCGGCUUUUGUGGCCCAUGCCCAUCCGAAUGUCAGCGUACCUCUAAGCCUUGAUUCGUGGAUUGUGCAUCCUUUGCUGCCGACCGCUCCGCGUGUUUCGAUUUUGCCUGGCACUGGGCCUCCAUAGCGCACGUCCGUGAGCAUUGGGCGCCUGCGUAGCACGAGCA